CGGAGAGGCUGCAGGGUCUCCGGUGGGGCCGGCUGGGGGCUCGGCGGGCAGCGGGUGUCGCUCAGGCCGGGCAGGCGAAGGGGGUGUCCUGGGGCCGCGGCUUCUCGGCCUGGUCGGGCCCGUCCGGCUCUCCCGGCGUCUCUGCAACAAGUGGCUUCGUGAGAACCGGGGAGCGAAGCGGCCGCAAGCGGGUGUUAAAUCGCGUCUUGUUUCCUCUCUCUCCCGUGUUCUGUGGUGCGAAAUUCCUCCGCGGUGCCGUGUGCUCCCGUGCCGUGAAACGCCGCUGGCGUUCGGGUUAAUGUCCCCUUCAGGCGCUGGGUGAACCCGGUGUUUCUGGUUAGGAGGAGGCGGUGCCUGUGCCUCCCCUGUUGCUGCGAAGGUUUUUGCGUGACCGUGCCCUGCCCAGAGUGGCUGGUUCCCUCCGCCGAGGGUUUGACCAGGAGAUGCACAGAAACACUUUCUUGUCUCGCCAGCAGAAAUUAGACUCAGAUCAGAACUUGUUGUUCAUGCAUCACCAUGAAAUCCAGAGGUUUUCGCUCAGUAACUUGCAGCAAAAUGGCCUUGUUGCCUUCUCUGUUCCGUCAGCCAGUGUGUUUUGUAAAAGUAGAUUCAUUGGUGCCUGCCAGCGGGUUGAGGUUUUUCCGCAGCCUCGUAACCCCGGUGGAGCUGCUCGAGCCCGGCGCUGGCUGGGCUCUUGGGCACGGGGACGUUUUCCCGCUGGCGGCUCUUCCUGUGGGGCAGCAGCUCUACCAGGGUUUCCCGAGCACUUUGCUUUGUGGUGUUUUGCCUUUUGUCCAUGUGUACAAACCACAAGGCAAAAUGGGAGCUGGCAGUGGCUUGAAGGGUCACGCUCUGUAGGGCCUUGGUGAAGGACGCUCAUUUGGGGACUUGCCUAAUCCUGACGUCUCAUACAUGUAACCAAGUGCUUUUGUUUGUCAGUUAUUAACGGUGGAGGUGGAGAAUAUUUAAUCCAGCCCCUCAUCAGCGCAGGAUCAUUCCUUGUCCUGGGGAGGUGUUACUGACAUGCCAAAGAUCCCUCUCUGAAAUUCUCUUGUGGAGCUCUCCUUGCUAAGGAACAGCCGUCCUAUUGGCUUUGUCCACAGACUUCAUCUUGCACAACUUGAGGAGGAAAGAUCUGGGGAGAGAGAAGGGUUUGCUCCUGUCCCUUCUGCUCAGACGUUAAUUUAGAACUCCACAUUUCCUGUGAUUCACAGCCUGUCUCUAGACAUGGGUGCGAUUUCUGAUUGUGGGGGGCUCGAGAUCAGUGUGCCUUUGAGCAGGAAUUGAACUGCUGGUUAACUUUGCCCACACGGGGUUCUCACUAAGCGCAGCCUUCCGUCAAGUAAUAUUAACUGCUAGGCUGUUGAUUUUCUUGUUUGUUUGUUUUCCUGGCCUCUCGCUUGUUGGUUUGUGGUUCCUCCUCUCCCUCGUGUAUUUUGUGUUAUGGCUCCUUUCGUUCAGUUGAUUUUGCUUUUAACAGUGGUUUUCAUUUGAACAGGAGUGUGUGGGGGCAUUGAUCAGUAUUCUAGCAGCUGCAAUUAGUGUUGGGUGGAAAGUCUUUUCUGAAGUGCUGUUUCAGACUGACUAGAACCGAAACAGCAUUGGUUUCCCCCGCCUCCCUCCCUUUGGUUCUCAGUUGGGAAGUCCGUAAGGGCUAGAUUGCUUUUUCAUUUAAAAAACAAAGCUUGUGGUCUGUGUUCUGAUCGCAGGUUCCUCAGGAGAUGGAGCCUGUUGGCCUGUUCACUACCUUGGUUUUGGUGAAAUAGCAUUAGGAAGCUUCUCUUGUCACCGCAUUUUUCUUUGUAGUACGUGAGCUUGGUGAGGUAAAAAGGUAGAUCAGUGAAUGCAUAAAAACAACUCUCCCUGCAAACAAAAAUGUGCAUGAUGUAAAACCAGAAUAAAAGUGUCUAAUAAAGUGUUAGAAAUCGAAAUGCAAAGUUGAUUAAUCUGCUUAGUCUAUGGGCAGUCAUGUGCAGCUGGAGGAAAAAAGGUAGAUGCUUCCCCAAGUUGAGCAAGAUGAAGCUUCUUCGUGGCAUCUUUUUAAUCUUUGUAUCACUGUGCAGGGCAAAAACCUCCAACCAACCAACCAAAAAAACCCCAAAACCAAAUCAGACAAACACCAAAAAGCAGUGACUGAUUAAAAUAAUGUCUGUGUAAGUUGUUUAAGCUGAAAGGGUGAAAUAAAAUGCAGAGAAGCAGCUCUGAAAACUCAUCAUCCUCCCUCCAGUGUUUUGCUUUGUGUUGCUUUUGCCUCAGUUCCUGCACCAGCUGUUCUGUAUCAGACUCUCAGUGCCUUGCUUCAUGUAGGCUGGUGGUGCUGGUUUAGGCGGAUAACUGGAAGAGGAGCAGAGAACGGCAGCGAGAAGCAGGACAGCAGCAUCUCUGUAGGCUCUUGCGCUUUUUCAGAAACCUAAAGAGGCUGUUCUGGGAGCUGCGGCUCCGUGAACCAUUUUGUAGAGUCCCGUGGAGAUAGAUGCUGUGGACAUCUGGGAUUUAUGCAACUGUGAUGACUUGUCUUUGUUUUCAAUCUUUAUUCCAGAAGAGUUGCCAUUGCCGAAGAUUCUUAAUGCCAGAUAAUCAACCUACUGCCGAAUAACCAUGAAAGGGGCGAGGUAGCUGCCCAAGCGUGAGAUAAAAACUGAUUUCAAUGGAUACAAAAUAUAAAGACGAUUUAUUUAGGAAGUAUGUACAGUUUCAUGAAUGCAAACUGAAUGCCUCUGAUAACAAGCAGCGUCCUAUUAAUGAUGAGUAUCUGCGAGUGGCAGCGGCAGCCUUACUUUGCCUUCCCAAAAUCGAUCCCUUUUAUAGAUUCCGGCUGAUAAAAUUUUACGAGAUGGCUGAAAACUCGCUGAGAUCUGUGAAAUCCUCAAGUUUACAUUCUCUCCAUAAUGCAUUCAGCAUGCUCGAGACAGUUGGAAUUAAUCUCUUUCUCUACCCCUGGAAAAAGGAGUUCAAAAAUAUUAAGACCUACACUGGACCCUUUGUUUAUUAUGUAAAGUCUGCGCUAACGGAAGAUGAUGUAAGGCAGAUUCUGAACUACAUGGGCUAUGUCCAAGAACUGGGAACAAUGUAUAAGCUCAAAGAGCAGGUUGAUGCCAUUCAAGUGAAAAUGGUUUCGUUUGAACUCUUUUUGGCCAAAGUGGAAUGCGAGCAGCUUCUUGAAAUUCACUUGCAAGUGAAAGAUAAAGGUUAUUCAGAGAUUGAUGUCAUAAAUGAACGAAAAAAUAGCACUGAAGAUGUUAGAGGCUGCUCAGAAGCCAUGAAACGGCGUGCAGAGUGCAAAGAAAACUUAAACACUUCCAUGGCGCGAAUGGUACUCCAGAAGUCAGCCAGUGAACGGGCCUCUAAAGAUUAUUUCAAGCCAAAGGUGAGCAAACCUUCUAAAUCAGUGGACACAUAUGACAAUUAUUGGGAAAGUAAGAAACCACCUUUGAUGAGCUCUCUGAGUCUCAGGAAAGAGCCAAUUUUAGUUGAUGCAGAAGAUGACAUUAAAGAUGAAAUUAUCCGUCCGUCACCCUCUCUUCUGACAAUGUCGAGCUCCCCGCACGGGUGUUCAGAUGAAUUCUUGCCAACUUCAUCUCAUCACAACGGCAUGCUAAGAACAAAUGCCCCUUACAGCUCCUAUUUUUCUCCUCAAGAGGACUUAGAUUUAUAUACUGAUCCCGAUUCUAGAAGCGUGUUAAAUUUUAAAAGACAAGACGCUAUUAAGCCUGAUGUGUGGCUGUUAAGAAAUGAUGCCAACCCUGUUUACCACAAACGCACCCACCUCGCCAAAGAGCCAGCUUCCCUCAAGUGCCAAAACUGUGGCGUACCUUGUGGCACUUCCCUUUGCCAAAAGUGUGACAGCCUGUUUGGCUCCAGGCAGGAAUAUCCAGCAGUGAAACAGAGCACCUAUUCAAUCAAACCGCUUCCAAACGACGGCUUGUCUCCUGCGUCUGCUCUAAGGGAGAAGUCUCAGUACGCGUCACAGACUCAGAGCCAAGAGAGAGCUGCUCAGUUCAGUUCCAAAUCCAAGCCUUCGGGCACCUUGCGCUGCGGCUUUUGUAACCGAUCCGGAGCUGCCAACACUUGCACGUUUUGCUCCAAAGUCUCAUGUGACGCUUGCCUCAGUGCUUACUAUUACGAUCCCUGCUGUAGGAAAGGCGAGCUUCACAGGUUCAUGCCCAACAAUCAGCUAAACUAUAAAUCGUCCCAGCUGUCCCAUGUAGUUUAUAGAUAGACUUGAGGAGGCUGUUUUGGAGGGGAAGGGAAGGGGAGAGGAAAGGGCUAUCCUAACUCAUGUACUGACUCCACUGGUGAGAAACUACACUGACCUCUUACAAAAACAUCGUGUCCAAAUAUUUGGAACCAUGGUCCAGUGAUCAGGUGCCAGUUCUUGAUUUUUUUUGUGGCUUCACAGAUGCUGCAGAUACAUUAGAUUUCAUGCUGCUAUAAUUUAGGUAACUCCUAAAUGAUCGUUACUUUUCAAUUUAAAUGGGGGAGAAGAACACAUUUUUCUUUAAAACUUGGCAGCUGUUGCGUUUUAGAGAAGUGGCAUUGCACAUUUCUAUGCCAUUGCAGUCAUCUCCUUGCCCAAAUAGAACCAUGCAAGGCUUGAAGAUAACAUCUAAAAACUAAGAUUCUCAUUUUCUAUGAGCGAUGAAGCCACUGCCAGUUUUUGAUAAAGUAUGACUUUAAAUGUGACAGAAAUAUCUGAAUGGCUUGUUUUGCCAACAAGGACUAUUUUUUGAAGUGUGUCUGCAUUUCUUGAUCUCCAAAAUGCAAACACCACAGCAUCUCUUCCUUUUGUCUUUGUGUUUCUUCCUUCUCCCCUUAUCUCCCGGUUGUUUCUCUCGAGCUUAUAUAAUCUGAAUCUGGACAAUACGUGCUUUAUUUUUUUGGUGUUGCCAAUAUCAUCCUACUGGUUUUUACUGUAUGGUAUUUUAAAAAGGUGAACGUGUAUUCAUGUCACUUCAGUUAUGCCUAGAGUGUUGUCCUUCCGGAUGGGUACUCAUUUUCUUUACUUCCUGUUGCACAUGUAUUAAGUACUGUUCUUUGUACUGUAAAUAGGUGAUUUGGAAACAGUUUAUUUUUAAUAAAUAUUUAAUAUGUUGAGUUCUUAAAA